AUGGCCGACCCGCCUUCAGCUGCGCCUCGUGUGCCCUUCCUCUCGCCACGGAGUUUGGAAAAGCGAGCCUGCCUGUCUAGGAUGCCGUUGCUCUCUGAUGUACAUCUGGGCCUGCCCUUGCCUGUCCCUCCGGAUCAGCUGGCCAUCAUCUCUGGCUCCUACCACUAUUACCACUAUGGCUGUGACGGCGUGGAUGAUCGCGGUUGGGGUUGCGGCUACCGUACACUGCAGACAGUGUUCUCCUGGCUAGCGGAGGCUGGCCUGGAAGGGGUUGUAUCCCGGCCUGUCCCUUCCCUGAGGGAGAUCCAGCACGCGCUGGUGGAGAUGGGGGACAAACCUCCUUCGUUUUCCGGAUCCCGGGAGUGGAUUGGCACCGUCGAAGCAGCUCUCUGCAUGGACCACUUUUAUUCCGUGCCGGGCAAGCUUAUCCACGUUCGCCGGGGCAGAGACUUGGAAAAGGAACUGGAGUCCUUGUGUGCCCAUUUCCAGGGAGGCGGGGGCCCUGUUAUGGUGGGCGGAGACAGAGACCACUCCGCCAAGGCCUUGAUAGGCUUUUGCUCUGGCCCCAAAGGACCCCGUCUCCUGGUUCUUGAUCCUCACUAUUAUGGGCCAGCAGGGUCCCUGACGCAGGAUGAACUUCAAGGUGGGGGGUGGGUAUGUUGGAGGGAGCUUAGUUUCUUUGAAGGCGGCUCCUUUUACAAUCUCUGCUUGCCCCAAGCCAGGACAGGAGAGCACCCUGUGUGA